GUCCUGUACGAGACCCUGCGCAUGUUCCCGCCUGUGCACAGCAUCCCGAAGAGCGUCGCCGAGGACACCGCGAUCACGAUCACCAACGCCGCCGGCGCGCGCACGACGAUCCCGAUGCCCAAGGGCUCGAGCAUCUCGCUGCACACGCCCGGCCUGCACUACAACCCCCGCUACUGGCCCGAGCCCGACGUGUUCCGGCCCGCGCGCUUCCUGGCCGCGGACUGGCCGCGCGACGCGUUCCUGCCGUUCAGCGCGGGCCCGCGCGCGUGCCUCGGGCGCCGC